AUGGAGUUGAUUAUGCUAUGUGUGACCACUGUUACUUACUCAGUCACUAUAAAUGGUGCAAGUGGUGGUCAGAAUGCCCAGGAUCGUGGAGCUAUCCAGGGUUGUAGGGUGGCCAGGGGUGCUCUGCCUAUUUCUCAUUUAUUUUUUGUGAUCAGGCAAUGUUUGAAUGUUUAUGAGACUUUAUCAGGAACACUUCGGAGGCGUGUAGGGCGGAAGUUGCUACUCUUGGGCGUGGUUCAGGCACCUAAUUUUGGUAAAUACUUGGGCCUCCCAUCUUUUGUGGGAAGAAAUAAAAGGGAUGUCUUUGCAUAUGUGGAGGAUAAGAUUAGACAGAGAAUCGGUUCCUGGAAUAAGAAAUUGCUCUCGCAUGCGGAUUUUGGUGGGGGUACUGGCAAUGAUAAGGGAAUCCAUUGGAAAGCCUGGGAUCGGUUAUGUGUGCCUAAGAAAUAUGGAGGGUUCGGUUUUAAGGAUCUCCGAGCUUUUAAUCUGGCUAUGCUAGGGAAACAAGCUUGGCGGUUUCUGACAGCCCCAGAAUCAUUGGCUGCUAGAGUCUACAAGGCUCGCUAUUUCCCUAAAUCCACUUUUUACGAGGCAUCUCUGGGCAACUGCCCUAGUUACUGUUGGCGCAGUAUAAUGGCAACACAUGGUCUAAUUUGUGGUGGAGUAAGGAGGAGAAUAGGUAAUGGUUUGAUUAACCCGGAUACUGGUUCUUGGGACCCCCAUAUUUUAUCUGAUCUGUUUGAUUCUCAGGAGGCGGUUCGGAUCUCCAGAAUUCCUGUCAGCCCGGACUAUGAUGACUCAUGGUUUUGGCCCAACGAUCCUAGGGGUUGUUAUACAGUGAAAGGGGGCUAUAGGUACAUUAUUGCCUUAUACUACAUAUGGUGGGCGAGAAAUCAGGCCGUUUGGGAGCUGAAUAUGCCGCUGCCUAGUGUAGUUUGGAGGAGAGCUGUGUCGGCUUUGGCCAGCUGGAAGCUCGUGAGGCAGAAGGAUCAUUAG